AUGGGUGGUCAUGAUAGUUCUCCUGAGAUGAUGAACCCCAACUCAAGCUCUGGCUACUUUAGUUCCCCGCAAACCGAAGAUAUGUUUCCACCGCUCCCCAAUGUCAUAAGGCCGAGGGGACCAAUGGAGCUAGAUUUACGGCCAUAUAGGCAAAGGGCAGGGUUUCAGAGUCUUUCCCGUUCAGAAAACGACAGACUUGUAUCAACAGACUCACCUUCAACCAUAAUUAAUGACGAUUUUAUUUGUCCUCUGCCUCCUCUGAAGUACCAGUUUACUUACAAUGGUACAAUCAAUAAUCCCAAUGCUACUGCAACCGCCACAGAACAAGGGUCGUAUAUAACAAAACGUUAUUUUGAUGUCCCAGCUUCACAUGUACAUCAACGUCCCAGUCUUUCGCCUCAAUCAUCUUUUCAGGUUGAUGAUGAAGACGAAUUUGAGAGCGUUAAUGUCCCAUAUCCAUUCCAGCGUUCUCCUGAUGGCUUAAAAGGUCCGCUGGAAUCUAAAGUGGAAUCUCCGCAUAUGGAAUUUACUGCUUAUAAUAGCAGACAUUCGACUCAAUCACAACCUCAAAAGCCCUCCAGUCAUUCCAUAUACACACUACAAUCUGAUCUAAGCAUUGUCUCACUGCCAUCGGCCUUUUCAAGCUCCCAAGAGUUUGUAGGUCGAUCCGAUUCUUCUAGUUUCGGUGUGCCAAGAUCAAGUAGUUUGCACUCCAACUCAAUAACCACUUCUCCUUCGUUAUUGGGUAGGAAUCCAAGCUCAGCAAGUGAUUACUUGCAUAGAAAUACGACAUUAUAUGAACAAUACAAUUUUUAUACAGCUGAGAAUGAUGACGAAGACGAAGACGAUGAUGACGCUGUUAAUGAACAUUUCGACACCAUCUUAAGGGAAAAUUUGGUUCAACAUGAUUUCCCUGAGUUACCUUCCAGUGAGUCGGAGUUUGAUGGUGAUGAUGAUUAUAUAGCCGACAUUUUAGGGUAUGAAAGCCCCAAAAGAUCAAGUUCUCCAUUAGUUCCGGGUUUAACAAAUAAUGUUUUGCUGAUUCCUAAUGAAGCCCCGCAGGAACUAUUGGUUCUUCCUAAAUUGCCGUUUUCUGCAACAUCUUUGCACACGAGGCAUUUUAUCAAAUGCAACAAUGUAUCUCAUUUGAGUCAGCUUUUUAAAUGGUCAUUGCUUUUACAUAGCUGGUCGAAUGGAGAAGUUAUCAAAAGAAAGGAGUAUCGUAAUGCAUUGAUUAAGCUUUUGGGUUUCCAUAGAAAAGAUGUUCCCGUUGAUGUUCUUAUCAGCAAUGCAGACCAGGUCAUACGUUCAUUCUUGAAAGCAGGUGGGAUUCAUUAUGAAACUACCGACAAUGAAGGAAACUUACAAGUUAAUGAUGCAACUAUUAAAAAGCAAAAGAAAGAUGACCAAGUAAUUAUUUUUGUUACGGAAGCAGAUAUAAACGGUGUUCUCCCUGAUUUAUCCUUAUGCUACAGCUUCUAUAGAACCCAUGAUUCUGAAGAAACCUUGAGAUGCUUCUCUCAUAUAUGUUACCUUAACAGAAAGAUUGAGUAUGAAAAGCAAUGGAAGAAUAUGGAUAUCAAUAAUCUUCAACUAAAUGCAGAUUGGGAAACUCAUUGGAAAUGGACAGCAGAUGAAUUACAAAGACUAGAUCGAAACUUGGCCAAAAGACAAUCUCAUAUAUUUGAUUUUUUCAGAUUUGAACAAGCAUUCAGCAAGCAAGCUAACAUUUACAUUAAUGACUUUGCUCCAAGAUUCAUUCAGGUUGUAGAAAGGAUUAUUGGGCCCAAAAAUGUUCUUACUGUGUCUACGUUACGAAAUGACUUUUUACUGCUUCCUCGAUCGAUAUACGAUAUCCACCGUGAAUAUUUGCUUAUACCAUUACUCUAUAAGUUGAUAGAGGGUGGAAAAUUUAUUACUGAUAUCACCGGAAUUGUUGAAAUAUACUGUAAUUGGGCUGAUAAAGUACGUCCAGUGAUACUACGGCAUGCGGAGAUGGUUCCCUAUAUAACUGGGUUAUUGAUGAAUGAUAGCUUGAAACAAUGGGUCAACGAACUGUCUCGAUCAAUACCUAGUAUUCUGAGCGGUCGUUUAGACUCUUUGAUGUUGGUGAAACAUUUAUUCAACGACAGAUUUUUUAGGUUACCUUCAAGUUUUACAACAUUGAGGUCGUCUUUUGAUAAAUCUGAGCCUGAAUAUGCAGCAUUGACCAGGGCUGAGGUUAUUAUUAAAAACAUCACUAGUGAAAUCAAUACCGAGGUAGGACUAUCUGAGAAUAGGUUUGCAAUUAGAGGUGUGACACGGAGACUUGCAUGGGAUACUCCCAAGGUUGAUAUGCGAUUGAACUCUCCUGAUCGGAAAUUAAUCUUCAAGAGUGAUCUAAAAAAGAAAGAUACGGUGGGAAAGUCAACUGUACACCUUAUACUAUUUGAUAACUAUUUGAUUAUAACACAGAUUACAGGAGUGAAUAUAUUUAGGGUCAUUGCACCUCCUAUUCCUACUGAAUACCUACUCGUGGAAGAUAGGAAAAGGGAUACAGAAUCAACGGAAGAAACAGAUGCAAUAUACUCCUUUAGAGUUCGUUUUGCUGGACGUGGUAAAUCUUAUAUCUUUUUAACAGAUCAGGAGAGGUUAAAGGACGAAUGGCUCCGGAACUUGAAAAAAGCAAGGUCCAAUUUCUGUGUGAAGGUAAGAGAUGCGGCGGUGUUUGAUAUCAAGGUACUUUCAAAUACUUGUUUUGCUUAUGAUCUUGCAUCCAAGGUUAGCAAAUUACCUAUAUGUGCUCCAAAUGAUCCUGUUGAGAAUAUGUGUACCAAGGCUCUCAUACAAUUAGAGUCGUGGGGAUAUAAAGGGGAGUUGAACUUCCCCGGAGCUUUGAACCGGUUAGUUCAAAAUAAGGUAAGUUGUGCUACCUGGGUGUUCCAUCAGGGAGUGAAGUUCUACUUUGUUGGUAUGUCCAAUGGGAUUUAUUGUAGUGAUUUGAAAGGCAGAUGGAAGAAGGUUGUUUCAGAGGAAGCUAUUAAACUAGAAGCCGAUCCCCAUUUGCAAUUACUCAUUGUUAUGUCUAGCAAGGCAUUAAGAUAUUUCCUGCUUGCUCGAUUAAUCCAGAUCUACAUUGACAAAGGGGAAUACAAAAAGUGUGUAACGUUACAUCGUGGUCAGAUAUCUUUUUUUGAAAUGGCUCAGCAUAAGGGGAUUACAACGUUGUUCUGGGGCUCUAAGAAAUCAAGUACGUCUACCAAUUUCCUGGCAAUGAUACCUGCUUGCGAUAAGAGAGGAGUUUUCAGUUCGUUCAAGAGUGUUAAAGAGUUUUAUGUUGAAGCUGAGUGUUACGGUAUGAGCAUUUUUAAUCUGACAUUUGCAGUUCAUACUAAGAAAGGCUUAGAGAUUCUUCGAAUGGAUAAUUUCAUUCCCGUCUCCAUUCCUGUUAUACCACGAGCUUCUGAUAAGGCAAAAGAUGAACCUAAAUUGCGGUUAAUUCUGAAAGCGGUGGAGCCACCGGUUGAGCCAAAGGGAAUGUACAUGUUAGGAGACCAUGAGUUACUAUUGGUAUAUCAUAACUGUGCCAUUUUCAGCAAUAGGAAAGGUAUUUUAUCACGAGUUUAUAUUCAUGAGUUCAAUAUCAAAGCCGAGUCCGUUGCAUUUGUUGAUAAUCAUUUGAUUUUGAUCUGUGAUCAAGUUAUUGAGAUUUGGGAAGUGAGUUUGAAUCCAGAGUCUGCAAGCAUAUUGAAGCAAGUGAUUAUUGGUAAGGGAAUCCAGUUGAUUGGAUCAGGAAAGAAUCUAUUUUUCAGUAUGGCUAAUCCAUUAGUCCCUGGACUCCAAUGCUUAUUUGAAUUGGAACUACGCAACAAGGACAACCAUCAUUGA